AUGACAGACAAGGCAAAAAUAUCGGAUCGUAUCACUAAUAUAAUAUUCAUCCUUCACACGGUGACGGUUGCUGCUUAUUGCAUAGGAACUAUCAUCGCUGAUGUCGAUAUUACAGAUAAAAUCGAGUUGCCACUUAUCAACAAAUUAGAGCUUCCCUUCAACGUUAAUACGCAGCGAAUGUAUAGAGUAGUUUUAAUCAUAGAAUUUAUACACAUGAUUCUUUCAAAUUGGGCAUCUGGUGUUAUAAAUAUUAUAUUUUUAGCUAUGAUUGUACAUGUAAGUGGUCAAAUGGAUGUUUUGCAACGUUGGUUGGCAGAAUUUAUUCCUAAAGAAAUCGAAAAUGAGCAAAAAUCAGUCGUUAUCAUGAUAAACAAGAUUAUUUUAAAGCAUCAAAAAAUUAUUCAAAUUUCAGACAGUAUCGAGAGUUUGUAUACGUACAUUGCGUUAUUGAUAUUCGCGUCAAACACAAUAUUAAUAUGCUCGCUGGGUUUUCUUAUUGUAAUCGCUCUUGGUACUGACGAUGUUGUGGAGGAAAUGAUAAAAUGUCUUUUGUUUUUCAUGUCAACAAAUCUGGAAGCAUUCAUAUUUUGUUACGCCGGAGAAUAUUUAAAUAGUAAGAGCAAAGAGAUCGGAUUUGCAACGUAUAAUUGUGCAUGGUACAAUUUGAAAUCUAAAGACAGUCGCAUUUUGUUAUUCAUAAUAUUAAGAUCACAAAAACAAUUGACGCUAACAGCUGGCAAGAUAAUGGAUCUCACCUUAGAAUCCUUUACAAGUAUUAUGAAUGCUUCGGGAUCUUACCUAUCAGUAUUGUUGGCGAUGCAAUAAUCAUCACGUUAAUCUCAACAAUUUUUAAUCAAUAGUCGUGAAGCGAGUACACA